UACUUCUGAUAUUUGGACUUCUAUUCAAUUAGGAAAUAUAAUUCAUAAAGGAUAUAAUCUCUCUCAUCGCAACCCUAUAUAUGCCCUAAUUUGGCUGCUCUUGUUUGUCCUGUUCUGCACCCUUAAUUUGGUUACUCUUCUUUAUUCUGUUCUGCAAAUGGAAAUCACCGCGGCAGACUCCGAUGCGCCGCCGGAGCAAUCCCGGAGAAGAGGCGCUAGGGAGUGGAGAAGAGGCGGUAGGGGGCGGAGAAGAAUUGAAAUCAAGAAAAUACAAGACAGAAGGAGCCUAAUCUUGGCUUUCUCAAAGCGUCGCACUGGUCUUUUCAAAAAAGCCGGCGAAGUAUGCAACUUAUGUGGUGUAGAAGCUGCCGUCAUCACGUUCUCCCCGGCGGGAAAACCCUACGCUUUUGGUAAACCUUCUGCGGACUCAGUCGUUCGUCGCUAUCUAACCGAAAGCAUAAGCACUGCCUCUACUAGUGAAUUAUAUCUUCCUGCGGAGGAAGAGGAAGAGGAAGAGGAAGAGGAAGAGGAGGUGGAGGAUGUGUUCUGGUGGCAACAGUCGAUAGAGGAUUUGGAUAUGAAGGAGCUUGUACAGUACAAGGCAAGCUUGGAAGGGUUGAGGAGGAAUUUGAUUAUGAGAAUUGAGGAGAUGAAGAUGCGGAGAGCUGCGACCAGAAAUUUUUUUGAGUGACUGCAAAAGAAUCUUCAUUCUUAGUUUCUUGAAGUUUGUUAUUUUUUUUAAUUAUUUUUUUUCUUUUCAAGAUACAUUAAUUAGUGAUAAAAAUAAAUUAUUAUU